AUGACUCCAGCGGAGGCCCUCCGUAAACUGAAGGAGCGCGAAGAUCAGAUCAGGAAGGACAUAAUAAAGGAGAUGAAGAUCAAAGAGGGCGCCGAAAAAAUGAAAGAAGCGGCUGCCGACCGCAAAUCAGUGGCCGCCGAGAUCAAAAGGGCGACGUGCCAUCUCGACGACCUUCACGCCGAUCUUGACAAUUUGAGGACUUUCAAGUUUAUGAUCGAGUCGGGUGGGCUGGAUGUCAUCUCGGAACCUUCUGGAAGAUCAGGAACGGAUAAUGAUCCUUUGCAAAGGAAGAUUAACUCAAUACAGAAAAAAAUUGAAAUCGAGUUGAAGGUAAAGCAGGGAGCGGAGAAUAUGAUUGACAAGUACAACAGUGGCUCGCAGAGAGACAAAAAACUCCACCAGGAGGCACUCAAUAUGCACAGCGACGCUAAACAGAAGAUCGAUUUUUUGAGGAUGCAACAAGUGGGUUUCAUGAUGACGAUGACGGGGGUGGUGUUAGUGAUGAUAAUGAUGACGAGCAAGUUGGAGGAGAGGGUGGACGACAUCAGGCAUCACAUCAGGAUUGAAACUGCCAUCCAGGAGGGUGCCAAGAAACUCCUGCAAAGAACCCAAGAUAAGAAGGCAUAUGCUGAGGCCCAGAACACUGAACAACUUGCAAGUAUGAAGUUAGAAUUACUGAAGAUGUCACUUGAAAGCCGACUGGAUGAUCUUGUUGACCAGGUCAGUAAGAUAGAGAUGUUGAGGCAAGAUUUGGACUCAGUCCUGCUGUCUCCAUCGACGCCAGGAGCAGCCACUGCAGCAAGCACGACAUGCACGAAGGGCUGGUCUAACAACUUCAAGAACAGGCUGCAGGCACUCUCUGGCAAGUUGAACGUCAGAUUAGUUGGAUGUCAAGAUUUACUAGAGGAGAUUCCAUCUCGCACCUCUUCCACCUCAAGCAGGAAGGGUGACCAGACAAUUUCAGGGUUCAUUUCAACACCGUCUGAAGUCAAGACGCCAUCCUCCAAAUCCAUGAGACAUAAUAGGAACAAGUACAACGUUCGAGAAGACUUAUCUUCCGAAGUGAGAGCUACGUUGUACUUGGAUAAUCAGUUGGUAGGCGAGACAAGCUGGAGGAAUGUCAGUCAGCAGUGUUGGGAUCAGAGAUUCUGCUUUCAAUUAGAUAGAGCCCGGGAAUUAGCAAUUUUAAUUUCCUGGAGAGAUUACAGGCAGCUUUCAGCAGUGAAAUUUUUGCGAUUGGAAGAUUUUCUCGACGAUCAGAGGCACGGAAUGACCAUUGAUCUUGAUCCACAGGGUAUCCUAUUUGCAGAGAUUAAAUUCCUCGAUCCUCAGUUAUCCAUGAAGCCAAAACUUCAAAGACAGAGGCAACUCUUCCCAAAAGCGAAAGGUAAGAACGUAAUGCGACCGAACCAAGCCGACUUGAGUCUUCCGUUCUGGACCCGCCUAUUCAUAAAGGGCCACUUCCAGCAGACCCCUCCUCCACUGCCCUCCUCUGAACCUCCAUCUCUUGCGGGCCAUGCCACGACUACUCAGCCUUUUGUGCCACCAUUUCAACACCAUGUUUCCGUCGCAUCAAAUCGAGAUGCCACAAAAUUCUCCCUGGAUGAGUCCUACAUCUUGUCCCCCGAGGCAUACCCCAGGGUCGUCGCCCCCCACUCCUCUGACGACGCCUUCCUUCCAGGUGGGGGCAUGUCAGGGUCGUCGGCGACUGCCAACAAUGCUGUGAACAGCAGUAAGAAACUGACCAUAGACCAUUUCAGAUGCAUUGCCGUGCUAGGCAGGGGUCAUUUUGGAAAGGUUAUACUCUCCCAAUUCAAGAACACUGGCGACUAUUACGCCAUCAAAGCCCUAAAAAAAGGUGACAUCAUCGCCAGGGAAGAAGUUGACAGUUUGAUGUCGGAGAAGCACAUAUUCGAGAUCGCCAACGCCACGAAACAUCCAUUUCUCGUUAAUCUACUCGCCUGCUUCCAAACACCCGAGCAUGUAUGCUUCGUGAUGGAGUAUGCAAGAGGUGGGGAUCUAAUGAUGCACAUACACGCUGACGUUUUCACUGAACCUCGGAGCGUCUUCUACGCCGGCUGCGUCGUCCUAGGCCUGCAGUACCUGCACAACCAUAAAAUCGUUUACAGAGAUUUGAAACUGGAUAACUUGCUACUGGAUGCAGAUGGCUUUGUGAAGAUUGCUGACUUUGGCCUCUGCAAGGAAAACAUGGGAUUCGGUGACAGAACCACAACCUUUUGUGGCACCCCUGAAUUUCUUGCCCCUGAGGUGCUGACCGAGCCCUCUUACACCAGGGCCGUCGAUUGGUGGGGUCUUGGGGUGCUCAUUUUUGAGAUGUUGGUUGGAGAGGCACCAUUCCCUGGCGACGAUGAGGAGGAGGUGUUCGAUAGCAUCGUCAAUGAGGAGGUCAAGUACCCCAGGUUCCUAUCUGCCGAGGCCACCACCAUCAUGAAGAGGCUGAUGAGGAAGAACCCAGAGAAGAGGUUGGGGUCAAGUGAGGCCGAUGCAGAGGAUAUCAAAAAGCAGGCCUUCUUCAGGAAUGUGAACUGGGAAGACCUUCUAGCAAAGAGAGUUAAACCUGCUUUUGUGCCAAUUAUUAAACACGCUGAAGAUGUCAGUAACUUCGACGACGAGUUCACCUCUGAGAAGCCAGUCUUAACGCCGCCGAAAGAAUGGAGGCCACUGCUUGAAAAUGACCAGAAACAUUUCAAGGAUUUUGAUUUCGUUGCCGGCUGGAGUACUGGGAUAUGUUGA